AUGGCUCGUGUGCGCAGGUUCACGUGUUCAAGCAAACCUCGGUCGUUAAGUGACGGCCCGGGACGAGGCGGCACCGGAAACCUCCUAGCUCUGACAGCCCCACAUACCCGGCCCCACACUCGAAUUCGGGCUAUCGAUGAGCCAGUGGGUUAUCGAUGCAGUGAAAUCGCACAUAGCAACCAAGCGUGCCCGGAGAACGACGUAGUAAUAUAUCGAUAUGGAAAUAAAUCAAAAUGGAUUCAUUCCGGGAUCACUAGCCUCCACGUAUACUGUCAUUUCGGCACACAAAUUCCGUGA